AUGGCACCCGUCGAUCCGUUUACUAUAUACGCAGCUGUAGCUGUGUCGAUGAUAUUAAUAAUAUUAUUUGUUACCGUUAUCAGUAAAUUUACACAGUCGUCAUCUAAAGAUGAUAAAAAAGAAGCAAAAGUGCGUGCAGGUCCUCCUCCUGCAUUGCAAGCAAUGGAGGGACCACGUGGAGUACGGCGAAGGGGCCCACGUCCGAAUAGAAUGAGAAUAAAUGAAGAUGACUCAAAUGAAGAUGAAGAAGAUGAGAAUGAAGACAUUCCACAGCAGUCUGAAGGCAAAGUAGGUGCUAAAAAGAUGAAAAAGUUGCAGGAGAAGGCUGAAAAGAAGGCAAUGAGAGAGCAAGAAGAAAGAGACUGGGAGGAAAGGAAGAAGAGGGAAAAGGAAUUGGAAGCAGAACGAAAGAAACAAGAAGAGAUAGAUAAAAAGGAAGCUGCCUUACGUGAAGAAGAGGAAAAGAAGAUCAGAGAAGAACAAGAACAGAGAGAGCAUGAGGAAUACCUGAAGAUGAAAGAGAUGUUUUCUGUUGAGGAAGAAGGAGAAGGAGAGCAGGAUGCUAACUUGAAU